AUGGGUGUGACCAACUUGUUGCCCCAACUCAAGGAGAUCCAAGUGCAGAUCUCUCUCACAGACUACAAAGGCAAAACGCUAGCCGUGGAUGCGUACGGUUGGCUACACCGAGGCUUGAUUCUGUGUUCGCAAGACUUGUGCCAGGACAGACCAACGCAAGGAUAUAUUACCUCGGUCAUGAAAAAAAUCGAUAUGCUUCGAUAUUUUGGCGUCGAGCCUUACCUCGUAUUUGACGGCGCCUCGUUGCCUACGAAAGAAGGGACUGCUCUUGAAAGACGAGAGAAGAGGAGGGUCGCUAAGGACGCCGCCAACAAUUUUUUGAAGGUAGGCAAUCGCAAGGCAGCAUGGAAGGAAUUCAUGAAGGCUGCUGGUGUCACUCCCGAAAUGGCAAAGGCGAUUAUGAUGGAGCUAGAUCGAAAGAGGGUCAAGUACGUGGUGGCCCCUUACGAAGCAGACCCACAGAUGGUUUACCUCGAGAAGAUCGGGCUUGUAGACGGUAUUCUUUCUGAGGACUCUGACUUGCUUGUUUUUGGGUGCCGCAAAUUGAUCACAAAGCUAAAUGACUACGGAGAAUGUGUUGAGAUUGACAGAGCCAAUCUUCACAAACUCAAAACAGAGUAUCACAGAUUCACGCCUGAGCAGUGGCGGUCACUAGCUAUCCUCUCCGGGUGCGAUUAUACAAAGGGCAUCGCUGGUGUUGGAAUGAAGACAGCUUAUAAUAUCGUGUUGAAACACGGCACUUGGGAGGCGAUCUGUGCCGCCUUGGAGGCUGAGAAAAAGCCUGUGUCUGCUGAGUUUUUGGAGGAAGCUUUCAAAGCCAACUUGGCGUUUCAAUUCUCGAAGGUUUUCGAUCCUGUAACGGGGUGUGCUGCUACAUUGAACGAGUAUCCAUCAAACUUUGCUAUUGACAUGCAAGUUGUCGAGAGUUGUUGUGGACGAAGUCAAAGUCCAGAGAUUCAAACCGGAGUCUGUCUAGGAAAGCUUCACCCUUCAACUCAUCAAGUUCUCUACUCACGAGAAUUACUCUUGAAAAGAGGCCCCUUACCCAAAGCCCCACCAAAGAUUGUAGAAAAAGUGACUGCUUCUUCUGCUUCGCGUACUAUUGAAAGUUUCUUCUCUGUACAAAAACAGGCUACAUCUACAAUCCAACUACUGAAAAGUGUGAAGAACCAGGUUGACAGGACCAUUAAGCUUUCUCCAAAUGCGAAGAAAUUGAAGAGACUCACUCCAAUCACAAACAAUUGUGUUCCUGUUAGUAGCAAAUUCUUUGGCUCGCAAAAUGCAAAAAUAGCUCCUUUGAAAGAAAAUCUCACUCAAAUCGAAAUGCCAAAGCCCGUGGAGUCAAGCUACGAAAAACCAUUCGAAGCCCAGUCCAGUUUUUUGACUGGCGAUUCUGAUAUCCCUGAUGAAAGUUCGUCUCCGAUCAAAGACGUUGCUCCUGGUGAGCGCGUCGUGAACUAUUUGACAGAUGAUGACGACGACAACGACAGCUGUCUCUCUGGUACAAAUUCAAUGGCUAACAGCAUUGUCGACAGACCACUGUUCUCUUCGACCUUAACAAAAAGCUCAACCGAACUUGAAAGUGAGGCUGACGAGGGUUACGAGAACGAGAUCGAAGAGAGUCCCAUCAAAUUCACCGUCAGCUCGUGGCGAAGUCAGUUUCUGAUGAAAGAGUCCGCGGAACUAGUUCAGACUUCUACCGCUGCGAAAUUGAAAGUCGAGCGUGCUGUCAAGACCAAAAAAGUGAUCGAGACGGAGACAAAGCCAACGAAAGACUCGGCAGCAGCGGCGCUGGUGUCGCAAGAGUUUCUGCAGCCGAGCCAGCUCAGUGAGAGCGACGCUGAUUUGUCCUUCACCAAAACACCAAAAAAGACGCUGGCUUUCGGCCUUCUGCGUUUUGCCUUCACCGGAUAG